AAGGUUUAGCGGGGUUUUGCCGCAAGGGAGUGAUGAGAAUCUAGGGUUCCUACCACUUCCAUCCACGUUUCUCUUAUCUCCACCCUCCGGACCGCUAAUCUCCGCCUUUCUCCGUCGCUAUGCGCGGCGCUUCGAGGCUAAUUAUGCUUCUCACUACCCCUUUCCCUCUCCUUCUCCACCACCGCCACCGUCCCUCCCUCCUCCGCCUUGCUCGCCACUCAGUAUCUCUCCUCGCUCCUCUCUCGCACUCCCCGCGCCGCUUCACUUCUCGUCCGCAAUUGACCUCGCUCAAAGCCUCCCACCAGAUUCACACCCAACCGAGCUCCAUCCUGCCCGACGACCACUUCGGCUUCGCCGCCGGCCCUCCGGUCCCUUCGCAUCCGUGGUCCAAGUUCGUUGACAGCCUCUCAAGGAGUGGUUAUCAAGGAACAGAAUCAAUUGGCGUGGAGGACGAGUUUGUAGCUUACGAGGAAUUGCCGGAGGAUUUUGUUCGUGCCGCGAGUGCUUGUUUGGCUUUUGCUCGCAACCGUCCGGAUCUUUUGGGGUUGCUUUCAAGAAGAGAUAUUGAGGUUAUUGUGGAAAAUGGAACACCAUUUCUUUUCAAAGCUUCUCUGGAUAUUGCCAGGAGGAUGAGGGCAUUUCUUGGUAUUGGUGAAGGCAAUGUUUUGCAAUCUGAUCAAGCACACACAAUUGAUCUGAUGAAGUAUUUGUUGAGCUAUGCUAGCAACACUGCUGUUUCUUCAGAAAGAGGGAGCAUUUUCAUAGGAGAGCCUGUUGAAUCAUCUGUCAGAAACCUGCUAAGUGAGUUGGCUACCCUGAGCCAUGGAUUUCAGUCAUCGGAGCCUUCUUCCUCAGUGCAAUAUCAUAUCCCUCAUGGGUAUGAACAAACAACAAGGCCUCUUGGGCAGAAAAUUAUAAUGAAGAGAGGUGACUGGAAAUGCCCAAGGUGCAAUUUUGUGAACUUUGCAAGGAACAACAAAUGCCUUGAAUGUGAGGAGGCAAGACCAAAGAGACAGUUAACUGGUGGGGAGUGGGAGUGCCCUCAAUGUGAUUUCUUCAAUUAUGGGAGAAACACAGUAUGCUUAAGGUGUGAUUGCAAGCGACCUGGAGAGGCAACAUUUCAAACUGCUAAAUCCAGCUUGAAUCUAGGAUACGGUAAUGCAACCCAUGCUGAUAAAUCUGGCAUUAAUAGUAGAUUGGCUGCCAAUGAAGAGAAGGCACAACGCUGGUUUAGCAAGAUUUCUCAGAUGGACAGCACCUCUGAUAUAAGCAGUGCUGCCACUGAUGAAGAUUUUCCUGAAAUCAUGCCAUUGAGGAAAGGGGUAAACAGAUUUGUUGUAAGCACCAGAAAGACGCCACUGGAGCGGAGGCUGUCUAGUUCUCAAAAUCAAAGAAACUUAGAUAAUAAUGGUUCUCUAGGGACUGACAACUUUCAAUCUAAGGGUGCUAACACGAUGGUCCGCCGCACUUUGGAUGAGAUUCUUGGUAAUGCAUCUGCCAUUCCGGACUCAGACAAGAAGAAUAUUGCCAAUGGACAAAAUGCUGGAACACGGACCUCUCCUCCAAUUUCUAACUCAGCUUCUGUACCCUUUGUGCCAUUACCUAAUGACAUGUUUACUAAAAGUCCUCAGAACUCAAAGAUGGACAGUGCGAAGGUAGUUUCAAAAAGUAAUGAAUUUACCUCUUCAAAAUCUAGUGAGCAAACAUAUGAUGUUUCCAUCAGCACUGACUCUAAAGAGUCAGUAGAGAGUUUGCAGUCAGCUGAAAUGCCAUUAGAUCUGUCUGAGAGCCAGGGCAAGGAGAAACAACAAACUGAAAAGUCAGAGAGAUGGUUUCAGAAGUUGGCAGAGCUGCAUGAUGCCAAGGACUUGAGUGCGAUUUCAGAUGAGGACUUCCCAGAGAUUAUGCCAAUGCGUAAAGGAGAAAAUCGUUUUGUGGUCAGCAAGAAAAAAGACCGUUCUUUGACUUCUCCAAUGUACAAAAGGAGGAUGGCCAUGGAGCAGGGAGGCAACACUAAUUUCGUCCCCUUUGUUCCGUUCCCACCUGACUACUUUGCUAAAAAGAACAAUCAGCAACCAAAUGAGACAGAUUUGAAGGUUAAUGCUACUGGUGAAACUUGUAGUUCUUCGCAACAUGAUAAUAGUCCUAAUAGAUCUGGGGUAUCUGAUGUAAAUCGUGUGCAAACAUUUGAAAAUCUUCAAGUCCAUACAGAUGAAUUGAAUUUGAAAUCUUCCAGCGAGGCCUCAAGUGAGAGAAAGGAUGGCACUACUUGGGGGUCACCACCAAUUACUGGAAACUCACCCCAUAAUUCCUCGGGUUCUCAGACCUCCAAUAAUGAUGCCUGGAGCAACAAGUAUUCUGGGAAAGACAGUACAGUUGAGAGCGCAAAUUCAUCUGGGUUUUCAUCCAAGCAGCCUGAAAAUCAGAAUGCUAGGGAUGGAUGGAAUGGAAAGAGCUUGGAGGGCUCUGCAGUACAAGAACCUGAUCCUUUGGACAUGUCGGAAGAAGCCAAGGCACAAAGGUUUUUCCGGCGCGUCGCUCAGAUUAAGGAUAUCUCUGAACUGAGCCAAAUCCCUGAUGAAGACUUCCCUUCAAUAAUGCCUAUGCGGAAAGGGGUAAACAGGUUUGUGGUGAGCAAAAGGAAGACACCCAUGGAGAGAAGAUUGACGUCUCCUCAGUACAGGAGGAAUCUUCCGAUUGUGAGAUCGGACCCAGUGAAGAAAGAAAAUGAGAAUAGCUGAAAAAUUAUUAAUGGUAAUCCUGUAUGCUACUAAUUAAAGCUUCAUUGGAGUAUCUUGGCAGAUUUACCUUCACGAUAUUUGUUUGUGGAUGAAAUGAAAUGACAAUAAACUGUUUCCAUUUCAAGGCUUUAGGGCCUGUUUUAGUUGCGGACAGGGUAUAGCAAUCCCUUUUUCCUCGCUUGUAGGCAAUUACUUAUGUUUUUUUCUUUUUCUUUUUU